AUGGAGAGGGUGACUCUCUGUCUGAUGGUCAUCCUCCUGGGGACAGUGGCCCAUAACUCAAGCUCCCAAGGGCAAGAUCAUCGCCUCAUGAUUAGAAUGCGUCACCUUAUAGACACUGUUGACCAGCUGAAAAAUUGUGUGAAUGACUUGGACCCUGAACUUCUGCCAGCUCCACAAGAUGUGAAGGAACACUGUGAGGAGGCAGCUUUUUCGUGUUUUCAGAAGGCCCGCCUCAAGCCAGCAAAGACAGAAGACAACAGAAAGAGCAUCAGUCUAUUGAUUUCAAGGCUGAAGAGGAAACUACCUUCUACGAAUGCAAGCAGAGAGCAGGAACACAUUCCAACAUGCCCUUCAUGUGAUUCCUAUGAGAAGAAACCACCAAAAGAAUUUCUGGAAAGACUGAAAUCGCUUCUCCAAAAGAUGAUCCACCAGCAUCUUUCCUAG